AUGUCAGAAGAUUCUUUCCCUGUCAGAGUCCACGUUUAUGACCUCUCCCACGGUCUAGCCGCUCUCUACUCGCCGCAACUUCUCGGCAAAGCUAUAGACGCCAUCUACCACACUCUGGUGGUCGUUUUCGGCAAAGAAUACUAUAUAGACCAAGGAAUCAAGACAAGCCCAGCAGGCAGAACGAAAUACGGAACCCCAAAAGAAGUUCUCGAUGUAGGGAACACAUUUGUGUCUGAAGAUAUCCUCAAUGAUUUCCUCGAAGAUCUCAGGAACCAUGAGCAGCAAAAGUACCAUGCAUCGGCGUACGAUCUCUUUGAGAACAAUUGCAACCACUUCACCGACGUGGUGAUGGAGUUUCUCGUAGGCAAGAAUUUGGAAGACAGAAUACUCAAAUUGCCCCAGGAGGUGCUUAGUUCACCGCUUGGACCAAUGAUACGGCAAAUGCUCAAUGGUGGCGUUGGAGGAGCCGCUGGCAACGCCUAUUUUGGAUUCUAG